GGUCAAGGCAGCUAUACUUGUACCUGUCCCCCUGGGUUCACUGGGGUCAACUGUGAGCUGGAGCUGCAGGAGUGUGACAGCGACCCCUGCAGGAACGGAGGACUGUGCACGAACCUGGAUGUUGGCUACAGGUGUUCGUGUCCACAGGGCUUCGAGGGUUCCCACUGUGAACACAGCCUGCUGACCUGUGCUGACUCCCCCUGCUUCCACAGCGGACAGUGCCAUCAGAAGGACAACGGGCAUAGCUACAUCUGCGAGUGUCCUCCCGGAUACACAGGACUCAACUGUGAGAAGAGAGUGGACAAGUGCACAUCUCUUCCCUGUGCCAACGGCGGUCUGUGUUUGAUCCACGGUGGCGUGCGUCUGUGUAGCUGUCGCUCCGGUUUCACCGGCCAACGCUGUGAGAUCAACAUCAACGAGUGUGCCGGGAACCCCUGCACCAACGGAGGGACCUGCCUGGACCGCAUCAACGACUACACCUGUGCCUGCCCCCCGGGGUACGCCGGACGAAACUGCGACCGCAGCCUGGACGAGUGCUCCAUCCACCCCUGUCUUAACGGAGGGCUCUGCACAGGGGGAGGAGGGCCGGGGAAACCCCCUGCCACCUGUAUCUGUCCCGCUGGCUUCACCGGAUCACGCUGCCAGUUCUUUGCUGUGACCCUGCCGGUGGGUGGGGAGAGGAUCAAUGGAGAGGGCCAAGAUGGCUUCCAGUGGGCGGCAGUUUCCUUGGCUGUAGGGCUGGUUGCAUUACUGGUGCUGCUAUGCAUGGUUGGGCUGGCUCUACGGCACAUCCACAGGCAGACCGGCAGGGACAGGGGAGAUGGGGAGACCAUGAACAACCUAUCAGAUGUACAGAGGGAUAACCUAAUCCCCGCCUCCCAGCUGAAGAACACCAAUCAGAAGGUUGGACUGGAAGUGGACUGCGAAUCAGAGAAGUCAAACUUCAUCCAUAAGAACUAUCAAUUGGACUCGUAUAGUAACGCAAAGUCAAAGGAGUUGAAGGAUGAUACGUCGCAAGAGGAUAAAAGCAAAAGUCAUGUGAUCUACGACAAGUGUUUAGAAGAGAAAAUACCGCUGAGUAGAAUGUACAGUGAAAAGUCGGAGUGUAGGAUAUCAACGAUAUGUUCCCCUCGAGACUCUCAGAUCUACCAGUCCGUCUUUGUUAUAGGAGAGGAACGGAGGGCGUGCGUCAUAGCAACAGAGGUAUAAGCUGUGAGGGGUAUGAAGAAGCGAGGAAGCGAUAGAGGAGAAACACAAUCGAGGCAGAAUUUUAUUUUUCUGGAUUGUUUACAAAAAUCUGAGAAGAGACUGUUUAUGAUGUCACUGCUGAUGUCACUGCUGAUGUCACUGCUGCUCUGGAACACUUGAUGAAUGGAGAGAGAGACGAUAAGAGAAAGAGAUGGACGAACCUCUCCUCUUCUCUGUAAACGAACUAAUGAACACUAGCCUGAGAACUUUAUAGAACUUUUAACAUCGACCGAGUGUUUUGUAUACAAAAACGUGUACAGUAGCAAUCAUGAACCUAUUGUGUUCUGGGAACGGUUAAAACAAAUGGUUAAAUCAACUGUUAAAUGGUUAAAAAGACUGACACACAGAGUGUGGAGGGAACUGGUAGAAUGUCAGCAAGCAAAACAACAAACUUGAACUGAACUCAUCUGUCCUUGGCAGCAAUGGAGAAGAGAGUAGGUGAAACGGGACAAAUGGCCGGAGCUCGUAGUUGACCCCUGACCUCUCAGUUGACCCCUGCCCGACCUAAUCAUGGGGACUUCGAAAGCCAACUAAUCAAAAUGGAGGUGCCUGAGAUUCAACUGAUCUUUAACCCCUAGCCAGCAUAAUUCACCAGCUAGGCAAGACCCAAGGUCCAGGGUGGAGCCAACUCGCUGAAACCGACCGACCAACCGCAAACAACCGACUGACUAGUCCUUGAAAACCACAGACUAACCACAACAAAACACUGAGAACGAUGAAUGUCUGACUGAACAAACAAACUAACGUCUCAACUGUCAAUCACUCCAAACAAAACGCCUGGUCGGACUUUUACAGACUUUUUCAUUCCAUUCAAACGGUGAAAAGAUGCAGCCCGAAAUUACUAGAAGCCGAAACAAGAGUUUCAAUGCUAAAACUAAACACUUGUCUCUUCACGGAGCACUUAAACACCAAAAAGAAAAACAGGUGGGAAAUACAAUUUUUUCCAUCAACAGGAAUUUAAAGGAGGAGUAUACAUCCCAAAUGGAACCCUAUUCCCUAUAUAGUAGUGCACUACUAUAGACCAGAGCCCUAUUCCCUAUAUAGUAGUGCACUACUAUAGACCAGAGCCCUA